AUGGCGGACCCCACCGAUCUGAACCUGGACGCGCCGAGUGACCUUCAGGACAUUCCUGAACUUGCCAUGCAAUUGAUCCCCCCGCCGGAAGGAACGUAUCCUGAUAAGAACACGCUCCUCGCCGCCGUUCAAGCACAUGGCAAAGCACAUGGCUAUAAUGUUGUGGUCAAAUCGUCAAGCACGCCCACCGAGAAGAAGCCAGGACGGACUGCCAAAGUCUGGUUGCGCUGCGAUCGCGGCGGACACUAUCGACCUCGCAAUGGGCUGACUGAAGAGACACGCAAACGCAGAAGAACAUCACGCUUAAUGGACUGCCCAUUCAUGCUUGUCGCAGCUGGUUCUCCCGGUAUCUGGACUUUAACCGUUCUUAACCCCACACACAACCAUGGUCCCAUCGUCGAGAAGCCCCGUCAGGUGCCUCAUCACAAGGUGCGCAAGGGUCAACUGCCUGCAAUCCCUUACGAUUGGCCUCAUGAUGCGACCUUUACUCCGUACACGACUGCACUUGUUAUCAUUGACAUGCAGAAAGAUUUCUGCGCCCCUGGUGGAUACCUCGAGUAUCAGGGUUACGACAUAUCUGCUGCACAAGCACUAAUUCCCAAGUUGCAGCGGCUGCUUCACUCUUUCCGCUCUGCCGCUUUCCCUGUAUACCACACUCGUGAAGGUCACCGUCCCGACUUGUCCACUCUUUCCAGCAGAGAAUUAUUCCGUUCCCGUAACAACGCUAUGGGCCUGGGAAUCGGCUCUCAAGGCCCCAUGGGUCGCCUGCUUAUCCGUGGCGAGCUGGGUCACGACAUAGUCGAGGAGCUAUAUCCUCUGCCCGGAGAACCAAUCAUUGAUAAGCCCGGUCGCGGUGCCUUCGCUCACACGGAUUUUGAACUGAUACUACGAAACAAAGGUGUCAAGAAUCUCGUUAUUGCUGGUGUUACUACCGAUGUCUGUGUUUCAAGCACCAUGCGCGAGGCUAACGACCGUGGAUUCGACUGCGUCCUGCUGGACGACGCUAGUGCAGCCAGCGAGCCAUCCCUCCACAUGAGCACCGUCGAGUCCAUCAAGAUGGGAGGAGGUAUCUUCGGGUCUGUCGCCAAGCUUGAAGAUGUGAUUCAAGCCGUUGACAGCUUCAAGUCCGUGACUAUGAAGAAGCUGGCUCCUCAACUGACAGGCUAA